GAUUAUAGAUGUCGCCCCGAACAAUGUAGGCACAGGUCUGCAGGACAACGCUGGCGUGAGGCGAGGUAUGGUCACGUGACGGUUGUCGUGACGCGAGCACCGCGAGACGGUCACGUGCUGCUCACCGCGAUUGAUUGCGAGGCUGGUUCAACGAGGGUUCGUGUCGUAAGCUGCGGUGCACUCAGACCUGAAUGUGCCACUCGUUCUUGCUGGAAACACUCCCUGCGCGGGGCUCUUGGUGACGGCGGCUGGAAAAAUACAGUAAAUACAAUUGCCUUGCGAGCAGAAGUUUGGAGACAAAUGCAGCUAGAUGAAGAAACGACAUUUGAGGGGGGAAGCCGACCGUUGGAAGAGCCAGAGGCAAUGAGAACUACUGAUGAUCAGGAGGACCCCGUGGGUUGCCAUGACGAGACGGAGGUGGUCGAGAUGGCCAUGGUCGCGCUGUCGUUGCUGAGGCGAGACGACAAAACAAUGUUGCAGCAGGUCAAGCACCUGGUCAAGGCCAACCAUCAACUGGCACAAAAGGUGUUCACAACCGAAGUGGACGGCUGGACGCCAGUCCACGCAUGCGCACUGAGAGGCAAGAAAAAAGUUCUCAAAGCCAUGCUGCAGGCCGGCAUCGACGUGAACCUCAAGAUGGGCCAGCCAGAUGGCCUGCCAGGUCAGUGCAACCUCCUCCACAUCGCUGCCAACCGGCCGGACAAAAAGAUCAUCGACUACCUCAUCCAUCAUGGCGCCGACGUCAACGCCAGGGACUCGUUCGGUCGGACGCCCAUCUUCUACGCCCACCGCGCAGGCAACAAGGACUGUGUCAGGACUCUGGCCGACAGCGGCGGCCAUCUCUCGGACAUGGCGGAGGAGUCGGAGAUUCCAUGUGUGACAGAAAGUGAGGAGACGACCACACCAGAACCGAGAACCACAAGGUUCUGUUUUCUAGCCGUGCCUCAUCAUAACUAUCAUCACAAUCAUCAGACACACCAUCAGCGUCGUUCCCCCCUCACACACCGCAGAAGGCAUCAGCAUCAUCAACAGCAGCAACAGCAGCAGCAGCAACAACAACAACAACAACAACAACAACAACAGAAGACUCAGCUCCAGCACACCUAGUGGUGCUCUUCAAACUGACAAGGAGUGUGUGAAACAUGAAAAGAAAACUUCUUGUGUCUAUACUGUUCGAGAAAAUAUUGCAAUGAAAGUCGUGUGUGAAAGAACAGGUAAUAAGACAUUUUACAAUGAGCAAGUUCAGACUCUUUACUCCUGAAUCCUUUCUUGGCUAUCCGGAAGCCAGCAGCUAUUUUUUCCAAUCGUUCACUGGAGUUAUGAGCACAACUGUUUAACUCUCAGACUUGCUACCUUCUGAAACGCAUCAAAUAUAAAAAGCCGAAAGAAAACAUUUUGUCAGGUUUUAUAUGUAAAAUAUUAUAAGCUCAGAUUACCAUCUGUAUGUGUGUGUGUAUGUCUGUGUGUGUUUCACGGUCCAGCACUAAUGAUUCUAGAAAGAUGUCCCUGACGGCACCAUAGAUACGUCACAGAAGGUUUUGAUGAAGCAUGACACUGACGGCUUAUCUCCCCUCGCAAUGUGUUCAGAGUGUUUUACUCGCUCAACAGAUAACGAUGGUUGCGUUCCUCCUCCUCCACCACUCACAAGGACAACCAAUCGACGUGAUAGAAACGCAGUUUCAUGAAAACAAUUACAGAAACCAGCCUCCACCCGUGGCGACCGGCUCCUGCCAUGAACACCACUGGGAUGUCUGGUGAGAGAGCGAAAAGGGGAGAUAAUGAAGAUAAAUGUAUUGGAAGUGACACGAGUGCACCGCGGAAGAAAUAAAAUGUGCUUUAGGAACAAUCUUUCCAUAUGUAGCGACAUAAAAACAGAACAUCGUGCCUUGUAAGACUGGUGUUUCUGCAUCUCUAAUGUCUCUCGUCUCUAUACAUCUUGAGCGCUGUCUCUGUCCCAUGUUCGUCUCUGUCUCUUGUCUCGCAUCUGUCUUUUUCGCAAUGUCGGGAAGUGACAAAUAAACACAAAUAAGAAUUGUU